CCCGUACCAAACGUGCCAGAAAAGUCUUUCCAAUUCACUUUGGUCUAACACCUGACCGUCUUUGGCUUCUUCUCGUCUAUUCUUUUUUUCUCUGUUCUCAGUUCCAUUUCCCUUGGUUUUCUCUCGCUUUCUUUUCAACCUAGCGAAGCUCAGAGGGCAAGAGAACCUGCGGCGUAGCUUUAAUUCAAUCGAGGGAUUUGGAAUUUGAAAAAAUAUUUGACGAAUUUUCGAAGCGGAUCUCUCUUUUGGAAUUGGGAGCUCUUCGUUGAGGAAUUGAUGGAUAACAGUAACUGGAGGCCUACUCCUCCCAGUGGAGAGCCCACAAUGGACACAGGUGAUUGGAGAACCCAGUUGCAGGCUGAUUCACGACAAAGGAUUGUCAACAAGAUAACGGAUACAAUGAAGAGGCACCUUCCAUUUUCUGGCCAAGAAGGUUUAAAUGAACUCAGGAAAAUUGCUGUAAGGUUUGAGGAAAAGAUUUUUACGGCUGCAAGCAGCCAGUCUGAUUAUCUAAGGAGAAUAUCCUUGAAGAUGCUUACAAUGGAGACCAAGUGUCAGAAUACUAUACCAAACACUGGGACUAACAGCAAACCUCCUGAUCCAGGUUCUCAGGCCAUGCAGAACCAAGUUCACAGUCAAGGGCAAUCAAUUCCUAUCCCACUACAAAGUAAUCAGUCACAAACACGUCAACAACUGUUGCCCCAGAAUGUUCCAAAUAACAUGACAUCUGCUGGAGUUCAAAGUUCUGCUGGUUUACAAUAUGGAAUGCCUCCUGUCUCUGGUCUAACCCAGAAUCCUAUACCUAAUGUUGUUGGCCAGAAUUCCAACAUGCAGAACAUGUCUGGAACUAUGCAGAACUCACUGGGGCAAGGGAUGCCUUCCAAUAUUUUUGCCAAUCAGCAGAGGCAAAUGCAAGGAAGGCAACAGGUGCAUCCGCAACAGCAACAGCAGCAGCAGCAGCAGCUAUACCAUCAGCAGCUACAACAUCAACUUAUGACGCAACAGGGAAAUCUCCAACUGUCACUUAUGCAGUCUCACAUGCAGCAACAGCAGCAGCAAAACCUGUUACCGCCUACUCAGUUGCAAUCUGGUAUGCAAACAUCAUCCACCAUGCAGCCAUCUGCAAUGCAAUCAACUCCUCUUCCUGGUCUUCAACAGAAUCAGCAAUCUUCUCUACAACAGUCAACCCAGUCCAUGCUUCAGCAGCAUCAACAGUCAGUCCUUAGACAGCAGCAACAGCCACAACAGGCAGCCAGUGCUGGUAUUCAUCAACAACAAACACCAAUGACACAGCAGUCAAUGAUGCCUCAGCAGCACCAGCAGCCUCCACAGCCACAGCCCCAGCAGCCACACGUAAUGGGACAACAGACAAAUGAUGCAAAUAUACAGCAGACUCAGUUAAUUGGUCAACAAAACAGCAUUGGGGACAUGCAGCAGCAGAGAUUGCUUGGCCACCCUAAUAAUCUUUCAAACCUGCAGCAACAGCAACAGCAGCAGCAGUUAAUGGCUCAACAAAACAAUCUCUCGAAUAUACAUCAGCAGCAGUUGAUUGGAACCAAGUCGGGCAACUCAAGCAUGCAAACUAAUCAGCAAUCUUUACACAUGCUAUCCCAGGCUAAGGUUCCACUCCAACAAACGCAGCAGAGUGCACCUAGUUUGUUACCAACUCAAGGACAGACAUCCCAGCAGCCGCCACUGCAGCAGCACCGGCAAUUGAUGUUGCAAAUGCAAUCUCAGUCUACUCAGUUGCAGCAACAAUUGGGUUUGCAACAGCAGCCCAAUCAAUUCCAAAGAGAUAUGCAGCAGAGGCUUCAAGCAUCAAGUCCCUUGCUUCAAUCGCAAAAUCUGAUAGAUCAGCAAAAGCAGUUGUAUCAAUUACAAAGAGCUGUUCCAGAGACAUCAUCAACAUCUUUAGAUUUCACUGCUCAAACAGGACAUGCAAAUGGUGGUGAUUGGCAAGAAGAGGUCUAUCAGAAGAUCAAAACCAUGAAAGAGACAUACUUGCCUGAAUUAAAUGAGAUGUACCAGAAAAUCGCUGCCAAAUUGCAGCAGCAUGAUUCUCUUCCACAGCAGCCUAAGUCAGACCAGCUUGAGCAGUUGAAAUUAUUCAAGACCAUGUUGGAGCGCAUUAUAACUUUCUUAACUGUUUCCAAAGCAAAUAUCUUACCCACUUUCAAGGAUAAGCUGACUUCGUAUGAGAAGCAGAUAAUAAAUUUUAUAAAUACCAAUAGGCCAAGGAAGCCUGCCUCAACGCUGCAGCAAGGACAGCUUCCUCCACCUCAUAUGCAUUCCAUGCAGCAGCCACAACCUCAAAUUAAUCAGACACAGUCUCAUGAUAAUCAAAUGAACCCUCAGUUGGAGUCAAUAAAUAUACAAGGUUCUGUGCCAACAAUGCAGACGAACAAUACGACAAGUUUGCAGCACAAUUCUUUGUCUUCUUUACCUGGGGUUUCAACAGCACAGCAGACUAUGUUAAAUUCGCUGCAGCCAGGUUCCAAUUUGGAUUCAGGACAAGGAAAUGCCUUAGGCUCAAUGCAGCAGGUUGCUCCAGGACCUUUACAACAAAAUCCUGUGAGUACCUACCAACAAGCAAAUAUCAGCAGUUUGUCAUCACAAAGUGGUAUAAGUGUUCUGCAGCAAAACAUGAAUCCUCUUCAGUCAAAUUCCAGCAUGCUUCAGCACCAGCAUCUAAAACAGCAGGAACUACAAAUGCUGCAGUCACAACAGCUCAAACAGCAGUAUCAACAGCGCCAGAUGCAGCAGCAACAGUAUAUCCAGAAGCUGCAGCUACUGCAACAACAGCAAGCAAAGCAACAGCUGCCCACACAGUUGCAGACACACCAGAUGCCACAGCUGCAUCAGAUGAAUGAUGUAAAUGAUAUGAAAAUGAGAAAGGGGAUGGGUUUUAAGCCGGGGGUCUUUCAACAACAUCUCCCAGCAGGCCAGCGCCUAUCUUAUACCCAUCAACAGUUGAAACCAGGUUCUCAAUUUCCUUUUUCUUCACCUCAUCUCCUUCAGGCUGCAUCUCCCCAGAUGCCUCAGCAUUCUUCCCCACAGGUUGAUCAGCAAAGCCUGCUAACAUCCAUCUCAAAAACUGGAACCCCUUUGCAAUCUGCAAACUCACCUUUUGUUGUUCCUUCACCAUCAACUCCGUUGGCCCCAUCCCCUAUGCUUGGGGAAUCUGAGAAAGCUGUUCCAGCCACUUCCUCUCUCUCAAAUGCUGCAAAUGUUGGACAUCAGCAAGAAACUGGUGUUCAACCGGGCUCCCAAGCCCUCGUGUUAAAGUUAAAGCAUGCAUUGACUUUAACAUUUUGUUUUACUAUGUAUUUUGCUUUAUUGUACUGGUUAUUAAGAGUGUUGUACCAGUGUUUAUGAGGUGUCUUUAUGCAUGUUUCAGUUAAAAACACUUGUCCAUCAUGUUAACAGGCGUUAUCCUUGUAUAACUUCUAUAAAUGCUUUUGGUUUAUAAUGAAUAACUCCAUCUUUCACAUAAA